AUGAGAAACAAGAUCCAAGAAUACAAGAAGAAUAAUGAAGAUAAAGAACCAUCAGAUGGUAAAAAAGCUGAAUUUGAAUUAGAUUUCCAAAAAAUGGUUGAAGUUACAUUAGGUGCAGAACAAAAUAUGAUUGAUGCCGUUACACAUUUGAGAGUUUUCGGUAAAUGUUAUUUAAAUGACAAUGGUGUCUCAAGUUCAGUGUUGAGUAAUUGGUUUAGCGAAAAGGAAGCUAAAAAGCAAGAUGAAGAAAAAAUCGAUAUGUGUUAUGAUAUUGAACAAAGAUUAUUCCCAUGGUUAAGUAGAGAAUUACCUGUUUUCAAAAGAUGGAUUGAUAAGUUCAACGCUAGACUAUUAAGCAAAAGAUAUGCCAGAUCAAAUUGUUUUUUAAACACAUGGAGAUCUAUGCUUAACGGGAAAGGUAUUGUUUUGUCAGCGGCUGAUAAAUAUGAAAGUGAUUUGGUUGGUUUAUUAAGAGUCCUUAGAGCAUUGAACAACAAAUUACCAAUCCAAAUUGUUCAUAAAGGUGAUUUGAGUGAAAAAGUCCAAGAUAAUUUAGUUAAAGUGGCAAGAGCUGAUGAUGUUCAAGUUCCAAAAUAUUUAUAUGAUCAAAUCAAAGAUUUCACACCACAAAAUUUCCCAAAACAAGAAAUUUGGUUUGUCAAUGCUAAAAGAUGUAUCAGAAAUGAAUAUCGUGGGAAUUUCAACAUGUAUGCUAAUAAAUUGAUUGCAUAUUUAUUCAAUUCAUUUGAUGACAUUUUAUUAAUGGAUACUGAUUCCAUUCCAUUAGUUAAACCAAUUGAAUUAUUCAAAUCCGGUCCAUACCAACGUACUCAAACAAUUUUUUUCAAAGAUAGAUUUAAUGUGGAAAAAGUUUCAAAACAUGAUUCUGAAUAUUUCAAAAGAUUGAUGCCUUCCAAAAUUGAUGAAUCAUUAUUCACAAUCCCUAAAACUACAAAUCAUACUUUAGAGAAUCGUUAUAUUAAAAACCAAUUCCGUCAUGUUAUGGAAGCUGGUAUGGUUGGUAUUAAAAGAUCAACACAUUUCAUUGGUAUUUUAACUUCAAUCCAAUUAAAUUUCUGGACUGCAACAAAUUCAAGAAUUUGGGGUGAUAAAGAAUUAUUCUGGUUAGGUCAAUCAAUCUCUGGUAAUGAAAAUUAUGAAUUUAAUAAAUAUGAUGUUGUUGCAGUUGGUGAAUUAACUCCAAUGGAAGAUAGACCAAGAAAUACCAUUGCACAUGAAUUAUGUUCUACACAUCCAGGCCAUUUAAGUGGUGAUGAUGAUUUCACUUUAUUAUGGAUCAAUUCAGGUAUGAGAUAUUGUAAAGUUGAUACUUGGGAAGGUGAUAUGGAUCAAGAACGUAUAAAGAAAAAAUUCAAAUCAGUUAAAGAAGUGGAAACUUAUUAUAAAAAUCCUGUCAAGAUCAAUGCUGCUUUGAUUCCACCAGGUGGUGAUCGUUCAAAACCUAAUGGUAAAGAUGAACCUGCAUUUGGUUGGAUCAUGACACCUCCAUGUAAAGGUUACCUGUGGUGUGCUUAUGAUAUUUUGGGAGGUAGUACAGAUCCAAAAGAUCGUGGUGCAUAUGUUGAAUAUGAUAAUGUUACUGAAUAUAGAAAUGAAUAUCUUGGUAAAUUAUGGUUGAAUCAAGAUUUGGUGGAUUUAAGUAAAUAUGAAGUUCAAAUUAAGGUUGAUGAAGAGAAAGAAAGAGUCAAAAAGGUAAAGGAAGAUAAUGAAAAGAAGCUAAGGGAAGAAAAGGAAAAAAAGGAGAAGGAAGAAAGAGAAAGAAGAGAGAAGGAAGAAAAAGAGAAGAAAGAAAAAGAACAACAAGAAAAACAAGCACAAGAUGGUAAUGAUCAUCUCAUAUAA